GACAUAACCGCCAACAUGAGUGUGUCUGGAAAACAGGACUUAAAGAAAGACGAGAGCAUGAUGAAAAGAAAGAGAUCAGACUCACCAGAACCCAGCGGUGUGUCCAUGAAGAGUGACACGUCAAUGGAUCAUCUAUUUGACUUCAGAGACAGUUCUACUGAUGUGAGCAUGAUGAAGAGAAAGAGAUCAGACUCACCAGAAACCAGCUGUGUGUCCAUGAAGAGUGACGCGUCAAUAGAUCGUCUAUUUAACUACAGAGACAGAGACAGUUCUACUGAUGUGAGGAUGAUGAAGAGAAAGAGAUCAGACUCACCAGAAACCAGCAAUGUGUCCAUGAAGAGUGACACAUCAAUGGAUCGUCUAUUUGACUUCAGAGACAGUUCUACUGAUGUGAGAAUGAUGAAGAGAAAGAGAUCAGACUCACCAGAAACCAGCUGUGUGUCCAUGAAGAGUGACACGUCAAUAGAUCGUCUAUUUACCUACAGAGACAGUUCUACUGAUGUGAGAAUGAUGAAGAGAACGAGAUCAGACUCACCAGAAACCAGCUGUGUGUCCAUGAAGAGUGACGCGUCAAUGGAUCGUCUAUUUACCUACAGAGACAGUUCUACUGAUGUGAGACCACAAAAAUCAAACAUCAGCACAAAUCUGCUGGACUCUAUAUUCAAGGAGCUGGAACACAAAGUCAUCACUCUGAUAAAGAAUGAGCUGAAGAGCUUUAGGAAGCUCCUGAGUCCAGAUUACCCAGCAUGCACUGAGAGGGAGGUGGAGGAUGAGGAGGAUCUGCACAGUGUCAGAGAGGGAACGCUGAAGAUCACACUGCACGUCCUGAAGAACAUGAAUCACACAGAUCUCGCUAACACACUGCACAACAAACUCACCUCUGUAGAGUCUGUAGUUUCUGUGUAUCAGCCAAAGUUGAAGUCCAAGCUGAAAGAGAAGUUUAAAAGAAUUAAUGAAGGAAUCCCACAGUGUGGAAGAUCAGCACUUCUGAAUAAGAUCUACACUGAGCUCUACAUCACAGAGGGUUGGAGUGGAGACGUCAAUAAUGAACAUGAGGUGAGACAGAUUGAGGCAGCGUCCCGGAGACCAGCAACACAGGAGAAACCCAUCAAAUGUAAUGAUCUCUUUAAAGACAAGUCCAUCAGAACUGUGCUGACUAAAGGAGUUUCUGGAAUUGGAAAAACAGUCUCUGUGCAGAAGUUCAUUCUGGACUGGGCUGAAGGAAAAGUAAAUCAGGACAUCACCUUCAUGUUUCCACUUCCCUUUAGAGAGCUGAAUCUGAUGAAGCAGAAAAGUCUCAGUCUAAUGAAACUUCUUCAUCACUUUUUCCCAGAAAUUAGAAAACUAGAAUCAAUAGACUGUGACUCCUACAAAGUGGUGUUGAUCUUUGAUGGUCUGGACGAGUGUCGACUUCCUCUAAAUUUCCAGAAGAAUGAGAUAUUGUGUGAUGUGACAGAGUCAGCCUCUGUGGAUGUGCUUCUGACGAACCUCAUCAAGGGGAAUCUGUUCCCCUCUGCUCUCCUCUGGAUAACCACAAGACCAGGAGCAGCCAGUCAGAUCCCUCCUGAGUAUGUAAAACAGGUAACAGAGGUACGAGGCUUCAGUGAUCAUCAGAAAGAGGAGUACUUCAGGAAGCAGAUCAGUAACCAGAACCUGGCUGAUAACAUCAUCACACACCUGAAGUCUUCAAGAAGCCUCUACAUCAUGUGCCACAUCCCAGUCUUCUGCUGGAUCUCAGCUGCUGUUCUAGAGAGAAUGUUGGGUGAAGCAGAGGGUGGAGAGAUACCCAAGACUCUGACUCAAAUGUUCACACACUUCCUGAUCUUUCAGAUCAAACACAAGGACCAAAAGUACAAUCAGAAAUGUGACCCUGAUCCUCAGCAGACCAGAGAGAGUAUCAUGGCACUGGGAAAACUGGCUUUCCAGCAGCUGGAGAAAGGAAACCUGAUCUUCUAUGAGGAAGACCUGAGAGAAAGUGGCAUUGAUGUCAGAGAAGUGUCAGUGUACUCAGGAGUGUGUACCCAGAUCUUCAGAGAGGUUUUUGGGCUUCACCUGGAGAACAUGUUCAGCUUUGUACAUCUGAGUGUUCAGGAGUUUCUGGCUGCUUUAUACACGUUUCUCUCCGUCAUUAGCAGAAAUGUAACAGAACAUCAAACCUCUGAUCUGUCUGAUCUUUUCAGAAAUCCAAACAUGUCUGAUUUCCUCAGGACUGCAGUGGACAAGGCCUUACAGAGUAAGAAUGGACACCUGGACCUUUUCCUCCGCUUCCUUUUGGGUCUCUCACUGGAGUCCAAUCAGACUCUCUUACAAGAUUUAAUGCCACAGACAGGAAGCAGAUCUCACAGCAAACAGGAAACAGUGGACUACAUCAAGGAGAAGAUCAGGAAGAAUCCAUCUCCAGAGAAAUCCAUCAAUCUGUUCCACUGUCUGAAUGAACUGAAUGAUCAUUCACUAGUGCAGGAAGUACAAACUUACCUGAACAGUGGAGGUUUCUGUCGUCUCAGAGGAACCAGACUCUCUCCAACUCAGUGGUCAGCUCUGGUGUUUGUGUUACUGAACUCAGAACAGGAGCUGGAUGUGUUUAAUUUGAGGAAAUAUGAUCGAUCAGAUGAAUGUCUUCUGAGGCUGCUGCCAGUGGUCAAAGCCUCCAGAAAAGCUGAUCUGCGUAACUGUAACCUGACAGAGGAAAGCUGUGGAGUUCUGUCCUCAGUACUCAGCUCAAACUCCUCCAGUCUGAGAGAACUGGACCUGAGUAACAAUUUACUGCUAGAUUCAGGAGUGAAGCUGCUCUCUGAUGGACUGAAGGAUCCACACUGUACAGUGGAGAUACUGAGUCUGUGUGGGUGUGAUUUGACAGAGGAAAGCUGUAGAGUUCUGUCCUCAGUUCUCGGCUCAAAAUCCUCCGGUUUGGGAGAACUGGACCUGAGGGGCAAUGAACUGCGGGAUUCAGGAGUGAAGCUGCUCUCUGAUGGACUGAAGGAUCCACAUUGUACACUGAAGAUACUGAGUCUGCGUAACUGUAACCUGACAGAGGAAAGCUGUAGAGUUCUGUCCUCAGUACUCAGCUCAAACUCCUCGAGUCUGAGAGGACUGGACUUGAGUAACAAUAAACUGCAGGAACCAGGAGUGAAGCUGCUCUCUGAUGGACUGAAGAAUCUACACUGUACAUUGAAGAAACUGAGUCUGUGUGGGUGUGAUUUGACAGAGGAGAGCUGUAGAGUUCUGUCCUCAGUUCUCGGCUCAAACUCCUCCGGUCUGGGAGAACUGGACCUGAGGGGCAAUGAACUGCGGGAUUCAGGAGUGAAGCUGCUCUCUGAUGGACUGAAGGAUCCACAUUGUACACUGGAGAAACUGAGUCUACAGGAGUGUAAACUGAAAGAGGAAAGCUUCUGA